ACAGACUCAUGAGAUGGAUCCAUCCAUUCCACUCUGGCUUCACUUCUUCCUUAAAAAUGGGAGCUAUAGUUUUAUGACUUUUACUUGGCAGGAAGGCAUAGCCUCCUCUUAUAAGCUAAUUCAUCAUGAAUAUGUAUGUAUGUAUGUAUUUGUACCAAUAAUAAAGCAUAUAUAUCAUAUCAUAACUUAUAAAUUAAACUUGUAAAGUCCAGCUGCGGCUCUUUUUGGUUGGGCAAAUGAAGUCAACCCAAGUAGAGGCAACUUGUCUUAAAUCAAAGGGAUAACAAAUGGGUUAUUAUCAAUAUGUUAUUGAAUAUGCAUACACUUGUAAUUCAUUUUUGCAAGUAGUAAUAAAUGACUUAAAUUGUGGUCCAAUGAAAUAAAUAUAACAUUGCCUUACACAAUCAUGACAUGGAAUGAAUUGCAUCAAGCCAUAUACCUACGUUGCUUCAUUUCACUCUUGUCAUCCAACUUGCAGUUAAUUUUCAUUUGCACCACUCUUGUAUAUUCAACUCUUUUCUUCUCAUCUAUUUCGGCCCCAAUUAUAUGUGCCUUCUUCCAAGCAGAAACCAUGGAAGAGGAAGAUAUGAGGAUGGUGUCAAGUGAUCAUUCAACUCCAUCGUCAACUCAACUGCCCAUGCACAAAAUCAAUUCCCACAAAUUCAAACCCAAGAUUCGGAUAAUUCACAUAUUUGCACCAGAAAUCACAAACACCGAAGUAGCAAAUUUUCGAGAGCUUGUGCAAAGACUCACUGGGAAAGCUGCAGCUGCAGAAACAAAAGGAAUGAUAAUGAAGAAGAAAAGGAAACUUCCAACUAGCAGAUCAAGCUUCAUUCAUCAUGCAAAGCCUGCAGCGAGUUUAUUGCCUACCGGGUGUGGGGAUCAAGUUCAUAAUAUUAAGGAAGACGAAAAUGAGAGUAGUUCAACUGGUUUCUUCGAUGGCUUUACAGAUAUGGAUGGUUUUAUUCAAUAGUUACGUCUAUGAAGUGAUCAUCUUCUGAUUAUCAUUAUUAUGGCAUGGAUGUGCAGGGCGGCAGCUGGAUGACUUUCCUCGUCCUUGGACUUUCUUCUUUUAGUGGCUAUGUAUGAAAUUGAUAUUUUGGUUUAGUUAUUAUUAAUUUUAUAUAUCAUGAUAACUAUGUAAUUAUGAUUCUGAAUAUACAUAAAAUAACCUUUAAUCAGAUGAUGACAUAUUAAC